AUGCACAGCUCUUUCGUAAAGCGCCUACAUGCCUCACCGACGACUCUCAGCUUCGCGCUUGUAGGCUUCAGCCUCAUUGUGAAGGUUUGCGCGACGAUAUGGCUCAAGACACUUAUGUGGGAGGUCACGAGAGAAUACACAUACCUCGGAGAUGACUAUCCAGAAGCUUGGCCCAUCGAAAUCCCCAACGUCCUCAUGGCUUCCGACAACUCGAUGCAUUUCCAACUCGACACUCCCGACGGCAUCGCCGAGUGGUCCUCUAUCGUCCCCGGCGAGUCCGGGCUCCUCCACCUCGGGCCCCAUCGUCAGCCGUUCACCGUCUCCAUGUUCCACCAGCUGCGCUGCCUGAACGUCAUCCGCGAAGAGCUCCUGUUCGACCGCGACAAGGACGAUGAGAGCGCCCGGUCGGAGCUGGCGAGGCAUUGCCUGAACUACGUGAAGCAGAUGGUGUUGUGUCGUGGAGAUCUACAGCUAGAGCCAUUCCUUGCGCCGUCGAAUACCGCGCCCAUCGACUUGUAUGGGACAUAUGAAUGCAGGGAUUGGGGAGCGGUGUACAAGGAGAUUGAGAGGAACCAGCUGGAAUACGCUCAGUGGCGAGAGGCGCAGGAAUCCAUGUCCGGAGGGCUCUGACGUGCACAAGAUAAUACAUCCGUGAUUAAACCAUCUUGUCCAUUGAAAUAUAGUAGCCUUGCCUUCUCGAAGAUGCUGCUGCUGAA